CGGAGGGUAGGAGGAGGGAGGCUACGCCGGCCGGGCGUGAACCUCAAAUCCAAGGAGAGAUCAAACUUCCCGGCCCGGCGGUACCAGGGGGAGCGCUGACAAGGGAGGAGCGGGGUACGGGGGUCACACUGAGCGCCACGGUCCAUCCACCACCCCCCUCUAUGUGAGGGGGGGCCCCGGACACAGGAAGACCCCAUAACCACCCUAGAGGGGGGGUCAGAACACGACAGAUGGGCAGCACCAAGAGCAAGCCUCGAGAGGGAGGGCCCCGUAGCCGGAGUCUGGAUAUCGCUGAGGGGACCCCUGCUCCUUUCACCUCCCUUUCUGCCUCACAAACUCCCAGCAAGAGUUUAGAUUCCCAGCGCCCCUCAACGCAGCCUUUUGGGGGAAAAUGUGACCUUACACCAUUUGGAGGGGUGAACUUUUCAGACACCAUCACCUCUCCUCAGAGAACAGGACCUUUGUCAGGUGGUGUCACCACGUUUGUGGCCCUUUAUGACUACGAGUCCCGUACAGAAUCCGAUUUGUCCUUUAAGAAGGGAGACCGACUGCAAAUUGUCAACAAUACGAGGCCUGAUAUAAGGGAAGGUGACUGGUGGCUGGCACGUUCUCUUAGCUCCGGGCAGACUGGCUAUAUCCCCAGCAACUAUGUGGCACCAUCAGACUCCAUACAAGCUGAAGAGUGGUAUUUGGGAAAGAUUACACGUAGGGAGUCUGAACGGCUGCUUCUCAUCCAAGAGAAUCCUCGUGGCACUUUCCUAGUUCGAGAGAGUGAGACCACCAAAGGUGCAUACUGCCUGUCUGUCUCCGACUACGAUGCAACUCGGGGAUUGAAUGUCAAGCAUUACAAGAUUCGGAAGUUGGACAGUGGCGGAUUUUACAUCACAUCACGAACUCAGUUCAGCAACCUCCAGCAACUGGUUGCCUACUAUAGCAAACAUGCAGAUGGCUUGUGUCACCGACUGACUGGUGUGUGUCCGACGUCCAAGCCACAGACUCAAGGAUUGUCCAAGGAUGCUUGGGAAAUUCCACGGGAUUCACUGCGUCUCGAGCUUAAGCUGGGACAGGGCUGUUUUGGGGAAGUAUGGAUGGGUACUUGGAACGGGACCACUAGAGUUGCCAUAAAGACCCUAAAGCCAGGUACUAUGUCCCCAGAGGCAUUCCUGCAGGAGGCACAGGUCAUGAAAAGACUACGUCAUGAGAAACUGGUCCAGUUGUAUGCAGUUGUUUCUGAGGAGCCCAUCUACAUUGUAACAGAGUAUAUGAGCAAAGGUAGUCUACUGGAUUUUCUGAAGGGUGACAUGGGUCGCUAUCUGCGGCUCCCUCAGCUUGUGGACAUGUCUGCACAGAUUUCAUCUGGCAUGGCUUAUGUUGAAAGAAUGAAUUAUGUACAUCGGGAUCUCCGAGCAGCUAACAUUUUGGUGGGAGAGAACCUGGUGUGUAAAGUUGCCGACUUUGGACUGGCUCGACUCAUUGAGGAUAACGAGUAUACAGCUCGACAAGGUGCUAAGUUUCCCAUUAAAUGGACAGCCCCUGAGGCUGCUUUAUAUGGACGAUUCACUAUUAAGUCCGAUGUCUGGUCAUUUGGGAUUCUCUUGACAGAGCUCACCACUAAGGGCAGAGUGCCAUAUCCGGGUAUGGUAAACCGGGAAGUCCUCGACCAAGUAGAGCGUGGGUAUCGCAUGCCAUGCCCUCCAGACUGCCCUGAAUCAUUGCAUGACCUAAUGUGCCAGUGCUGGAGGAAGGACCCAGAAGAAAGACCCACCUUUGAAUAUUUGCAGGCCUUCCUAGAGGACUAUUUCACAGCCACUGAGCCACAGUACCAGCCUGGAGACAACCUCUAAGAUAAUGAGUCUAGAGACAUUCUUCAAAAUAUAAGGCCACAAAUCCAAACUAAACACUUACCUGGCCCCUGCCUCCUUCCCAACAGCCAUAGGGUGGUCAUUAUUGACUCGUCGGUACAAGCUGUUUCAAAUGGGGGUCGGAAUGGAGACAUCUCCUUUACAUGCUACGUUCUCUAUUCUUUUGAUGAGCUACUUCUGCCUUCCCUUUUUAUGAAAUGGGCGAGUCUUGUGUAUCCCACUGCAUUCUGACACUGUAUGCAGAAUGCUGCUUCUGGCUGACUGGUCAUGCUCACGAGCAAAGAUGUUGAUCCCUUUAUGACUAGAAAGAAAAGGAUGUCAAUUCUUCCACUCGUUAUCCUGUGUGGGAGACCUUUUACUCCACUGUGUGAGUUUAAAGGCUUUGUAAAUACUGUGUUCAGAAGACCCCCUCUGCUCUUCCCUGACCCCUAAUCAUCUUCCAAGAGGUGCACCUCCAUAGGUGGAGUGACUGAAUUUGUUUUGGAUUUUUACAGACCUUUUUUCUAUAAUUCCUUAUUGGUGGGUGAGGGACUUCCAAAAUGCAAAAGACCUCUCCAUGCGGGCAAAGGCCCUGUGCCUGUCUUCCAAAUCCCAUCCAUCUUCCUCUGUCAUUAUGUGGUAGAAGCAUGUCUAUGGCUUUCGUUUUACGAUGGGGUUGUUUGUAACGGGAGGCACUAAGGCUGAAACGAUUGUCUAACUUCCCAAGCAGACCAUAGCCGGGAAAGAUAACUCAAAUGUCUUGUACUAUUAUUCUCUUUUAUUCACCAUUGAGACUUUCGUAUUCAAAUGCUUUCUUGAAGGUUGGAAAAAUACACUCCCCCAGCACCAAACUUCAAGAAAUCACAUAAAUAAUUAAAAAAAAAAAAUCCCACUAAUCUACUAAUGUCUGCUUGACUAACUUUCAACUUGUGGGACCAGAUUAUGGAUUCCACAGUUCCCUUCAAAUUUACAAAUGAGGGGAUUAUUUUAUUUGGGUGUUAAAUUGUGUUGUGUUUUUUGUUUUCCCCUCUCUCUAACCAUGGCAUUUUGGGGUUAUAUAAAAAAAAUUUUUUUUACAUUUUUUUUUAAUUGGUACGAAUGAUGUACAAUGUGUAAACAAGCCGAAGGGGACCUGAUACUGUAGUCUCUCUAAAUGCAUAGUGUAUUCUACCAGUAUUAGUGGGAUAGUCCUAAUUUUCUCAGGGAUUGGGAUGUGUGGGACUUGUAAUUGCCAACCGGAGAGGGGGGAGCAACAGACAGUAUUUCACAUCUGACACUUAAUGGAUCCAUUAAGAUCAACUUUCUUGUGUGUAGGCAUGAACCGGCAUUUUAGAUAUUCGAUACAAUAUGGUUCCGAACCUCUGCCUCCGUUGUGCCAAACCUCAUAUGCCAGCAUAUAGAUUUGUGUGCGUGUAUAUACAAACUUGUUUCUUUUUAAAGGUUCAAUGCCACUCGGGUGUGUGGGCAGAGUAUUUUACAUUGUGACUGCUAACCCCGAUACACUGUAUUGAGAGGAACUUGUAUACAUACCUAUGUAAGAUAAGCAGGGAGGGUACCCUCCCUGAACAGGCUAAUAUAGAAGAUGGGAGAGGGAACAGUUAAACACUGGCACUACUGCUUAUAUCUCCGUAGCAAUAAUAUUACUAAGAUAAUGGUACGGUGAAUAAAAAGAAGAGGUAGACUUA